UAUAAAUCCAUAAGUCCGGCCUCCCAUCACUCUCCAAUAUCCAAUAUAUUCUUCCAUCUCACAUCUUCCUCCUCAUUAUAUAUGUAGCGCACACAAUUACAAGAUUGCAAGCAACAUACUUGGCCAGUUCAGGACAUUCAUCUCAUCACAAUACAAAUUAAACCAUGGUUGGUUUUGAUAACUCUAUCCCAGGCCUUCGACUUGGUCUUGGUCUUGGCCAUUGCAUGAUGAAAACUGAUCAUGAACACAGGAAGAAGAAAAAGGAGGAUCAGGAUCCAUGUAACAAGUUAGCAUACCCAUCUCUUAAGUUAGGACUCCCUGAUCAUGAUGAUGUUGAUCUAACUACAAAUAACAAUGAUCAAUUAAUACUAGCUACAAAGACUGAAUCUGAGGAUUGGUUUCAUCAUCCACAUACCUCUAAUUCUCCAAGCGCGGUUUCUUCAUUAAUCUCCAACUCUUGUAGCAUCAAGAGGGAGAGAGAUCAGUUCUCAGGUGAUGAAGAAUUGGAGCUAGAUGUAGAGAAUACUCACUCAAAGGCCGUUGAUGUUGAAGAAAAUGGUAGUCCCAGGAAGAAACUCAGGCUCACCAAACAACAAUCCCUGCUCUUAGAAGAUAUCUUCAAGCAGCAUUCUACUCUCAAUCUGAAACAAAAGCAAGAGUUAGCAAGGAAGCUGAAUCUGCGGACGAGACAAGUGGAGGUGUGGUUUCAGAACAGAAGAGCCAGGACAAAACUGAAACAAACAGAAUCCAACUGUGAGUUAUUGAAGAAGUGCUGUGAAACUCUAACUGAGGAGAACAAGAGGCUGCAAAAGGAGCUGCAAGAGAUUAAAUCAAUGAUGAAAAGUACAAAGCCAGAUCAAACUUUGUAUAUGCAGCUUCCACUUACAAGCCUCACCAUUUGUUCUUCUUGUAAGCGAAUUCGCAGUGGCGAGAGCAAUAAUGGCUCUGCUUCUUCUUCUACUACUACCACAGCCUUUACUAUUAGUCCAAAGAGGUCCAUCAUCACUUCUAUAGGUGCUAGCUACUCAUGAUGAGGCCAAAUAUAGAACUUCAUUUUCUGGCAAACCGUGGCUUUUGUUAAUCCACCUUCCAUCUUUUCUCAGAAUUAUAAGCUAGUCUCAAAAGUUUCUGUCAAUAUUCCAUUUUAGUUUUAGAAUUUAUUCUUGAAGAUUUCCAAAUGCACUCCACCUUAUCAUAUAUAUGGACUCAUCAAAGUUGUACAUGAA